GAGAGAGCAAGCGUCAGCACUCCAUGCGUUAAAAGGGCAGAUGGUAACCGCGGGUAACUGAGGAGCAAACCACUCUGCUGGCCACAGAGCAAGAGAUCAGCAGAGAGAGGGAGGUAGAGGGAGGGAGGAGAGCCAACACAUGCAGCGCAGCAGAGGAGAGGAGAGGAGAGGAGCAUCUGAGAGGAAGCUGCACGCCGGCUCUGACAGAGAGAAAGACAGAGGGAGGAGAAGACUGAGUACUUCUUCUCCACACUAACAAGGAGGCAGAGAGCAAAAAGAGACAAAGAGAGAAACAAAGACAGUCACAGGAGAUGGGGAGAUAGUGAGAGGAGGGGAAAAAGUAUCCCUCCUCUCCACUUAGAGAGAUACAGAGAGGGAAAACAAAAGGAGGUUGGAGAGAUUGUGAAGUAAAGAAAGGGAGGUAGCGGACAGGAGAUAGUUGGAGGAACUGCAAGGCUGAUCAAUGAGAGGCUGAGAAUUCGGGAAGAAAUUUCAACUCAGCAAGAAAGAGAGAGAGAGAAAGGGAGUCAAUGACAAGGAAAGAUUGAUGAAUGAAAGAUGGGAGCAAAGCAUCUGGGAAGAAAAAGACUAUUUAAAGGUAGACAGAGGAAUCUAGAGGGAGUUUAGAAAAAAAAAACCCAGAAGAAUUUUAAAAAAGCAUUUAGAGGAAGACAAGAGCGGAAAGAAAGGAGGAGCAGAGGGUGAAAUAUUUAAAAAGAGACAAAAGCUGAAGGGAAGAUGAGCAGAGAGGAGGCAGAGUCAAAGAGUCACCGGCAGAAACUUAGAGAAGAGAGAGAAUAAAUCAGAGCAGUGGGGGGGGACCGCGCUCCUCCUUUUCUCUUUUUUGUCCCUCCUCUACUUUAUUAUAUAUAACAGAGGAGGAGAGAAGAAAUGAGGAGAGCGGGAGAGAGUUGAAGAGGCAGAAGAAGAAGGAGCAGACUUUUUGUUGAGAUAGAUAUAUAGGUAGAUAUUUAAAUAUAUGAAACCCAAUCAAAUCCAAUGGCGUGCUACUACAUUGUGAUCAGUUCCACCCACCUGCGUGACGGACAACUGAGGAGCAUCAAAGGGGUGUUCAGGGGACCAAUAGGAACCAAUGGCCAAAGAAACACGGAGGAAGGAGACUCCAGUUUCUACUGCGAGCUGUGCGAUAAGCAGUACGUGAGACACCAACAGUACGACAACCACAUUAACUCCUACGACCACCACCACAAGCAGCGCCUCAAGGAGCUGAAACAGAGGGAGUUUUACAGAGCGCUGGCCUGCAGGAGGCAGAGGAGACGAAGGGAGGAGAAGCGAGAGGAGAGAGUGCUGAGGAGGCUCCACAAGCAUGAAGAGAGGAGGACAGGGGAGUGUGCUCCAGGUUCUGGUCCGAUGUUCCGGUCCACCACGGUGGCGGUUGAACCAGCCAAGCAGACCAGACCAGACUUUGUGCAGAACUGGGCCGACAUCCAUACAAAUAACACCACACUGGGAACAAAGCCUCAAACUCCGCUGAUCCAGCCACUCCUUCCCCUGGACCCUGCACUGGAAACCAGACUCCUGAGCAACACACAAUGGGCGUAUGGCCAAAUGAACACCAACAACACUACGUCUACUGCUGCUGAAUCCUGCAUCCUCAACGAAACCCAAAUGGACUACAAUGACCUGACAGCCGCGGCCAUUACACCCAAUACCACCAACAACAACAUCAAUAACACAAAUAUCAACACUUCUACCAAAACCAGCCACUUUAACAAGAUCCCUUGGGCUCAUCACUAUUUAAGAAAUCCCAUUACUCCCAAUAACAUCCCAACAACUGCCACUAACACCACCACUAAUGGCUCCAUUUUCAACAAAACCACCGUGACCAGCUUUAGCAAGAAAAUCACCACCACCUCCAUUUCCAACACAACCAACAUCAGCAUCAACAGUAGCAGGGCAGUGUGUGGACCACUCGGAGUCUCAGACAUCCAGUCCGUCCCCAGCAGAGUCCGUCCUGUGUCCUUCUCGCUGCCCAAAAGGAGCUGUGUCCUCCUUCACCAAUCAGCUGCCGUCUUCAUCCAAGCCGGGCGAGGCUCUAGCUUGUCAGGGAAGCAAGAAGGUGUGACAGUGCAAGAAAGAGCCAAAGAUCUGGGGGAGAAAGUCGCACAUCAGCGGCUCAAAUCUCCAGUAUCUGCAGACAUGGACAAUGUAGGUGUGAAUCACUGGGACACUGGAAACCAGUGCAGUGUGGACAGUAAAAUUGUAAUCCAGCACUCUGAGACUGGAGCCAAUAUGUCUACUGAGAGGGGAACUGGAGGACUCUCUGGGACUGGAGCCCAGGUUUCUUUAUGUAAUCGCAAUGGGAUCAGAGUUGAGGACUCUGUUAUCAGUGGGAAUGGAGCCCAGCUCUCCUUAUGUAAUGAGAAUGGGACUGGAGCCCAAGUCGGAAGAGAAAGGGGGACUGGAGCUCAUCUUUAUUUAAACAGUGGGAUACCAGAAUAUACCAGUUCUGACAAUGUAAGCACAGUUGUGGCUGAAACCCAUGACCAUGUGGACAAUCGGACAGAAUUACCCCCUACCCAACAAUUGAAAGAUCGGCUUUGUCCCACUACAAAUCCACCUCAAAAAUCGAUUUCUGGUGUUGAGACCAAAGAGUCUUCAAUCCAAACACAGCCCAAAAAUUCAAAGUCCUAUCCAUCAAACUGGGCUAAAGAAUCCACUUCUUUGCCUCCGAAUCGUCCCAAAGAGCCGUUUUGUCGCGUUCUGAGCCGAGACGGUAGCCGGGUUCUUCUCUGGCCGUCGGAGAUGGUCAGCUACACCAAAACGGCCCCCUCCAUCUCCUACAGCAUCAACCCUCUACUGUAUGACUUCAGAGCACAUAACAAGGCCAAGGAAGGGGGUGAGGAAAAGAAAGGAGGGCUGGAGGAAGGGAGGGAGAGAAUAAAGCCGUCUGUGAUCAAACAACCCGACUGCCAAGAGAGGCAGGAAGUUAUGGAGGGAGGAAGGGAAGGGAAGAUAGAUGAAAGGGGAGAAGAGGAUGAAGGAGGACAGGCAGGAAAUCCUAUGGAACUUGUAGCCCAUUGUAGCGGUGGCGACGCAGUUCCGGACCGCUGCGGCUGCCGUGAUGAAAGCGCUUUAAAAUUUGUUCCCGUUUCCACAGAAUGCCACCUUGCCCCAACGCUAGGCCUUCAAAAAACAGGAAGGAAGAGGAGGAGGAGGAGGAAGAGGAGGGGUGGGGUGAGGAGAGGAAUGAGGAAGAGGGGGAGGAGGAAAAGAGGAGAAGAGACAGAUAGAAAAGACCCAGAUAGGGGAAGAAGGAUAAUAAGUAGUCUCUCUGAGAAUCAGAUGUUUGAAGGGAGAGGAGAAGAGAGGUUCAAAAGAGAGGGCACAGAAAGAGAGGAGAGGAGAGAAAAAGGGCUAUUAAGUAAUCUUGCAGCGCAUCGGCUGGUAGGAGAAAGAGAAAAGAGGAUGAGGGCAGAAGAGAGAAGGAUAAGAGGAGAUCAGACAGAGCGAGAGAGGGCAGGUAGAAAUGACAAGACGAGAGGAGAGCUAUUAAGUAAUCUUCCCGUGAAUCGGUGUAAUCGUUGUAACCAGCUGUGUCUGCAGGUGAAACGGAAGGCCAGCCAGCAUCAAUCCCAGCAAUCAGCCUCCGGGUGGGGCCAGGGGCUCAGAAAGCUCCUCUGCAGGGGUGCAGCAUGUAACUCAGUGAUUAGCCCCGUCCCUGGGUCUGUUAUACAGAUGCCAUGCUGUCCUGCAAUUACACCCGACCCUGCUCAGAAUGACAGAGAGACGGGGGAGAUACACAAAAAUACACAGGCAGGGAAGGAGGAAGGGCGGAGAGAUGAGGACCAAAGGAAUCUGAGGAAGACAGAGAUAAGAGCUGUUCAGGAUGCUAAAGAAAACGUGUGUAAGCUAGUGAUUAGCGGUGUGUCUUUUCCCUGUCGAGAUGCAACACAUGAGCCAGAAAUGUGUCUUGUUCCUACACCUCACAGGGAAACAGCAUGCGAUCCAGCGAUUAGCCUUGUCCCUGCUCCCUUUAGAGAAACAGCAUGUAGUCAAAGACAAACAAUACCUGCAGGACACAGCAAUCCGGUGUUAGGCCUGGCCCCACGCUGCUCCGCACAACAGACAGAAACACAACUGAGAAUUAGAUCAGCUUGCACAGACAUGACCCUCCCCGGUGAUGAGAUUUCACAGGAAGUGAUGUCGAAGACAGCAGUAACAACUGGCAAGAGGAAGAGGGAAUUGCCAGAGGUUGGGGAAAUACCGAGGAAGAAACGGAAACGGGGACGCAGACAAGCGAGGAAAGCUGCCUUUGCUUUGAGGACUUGUGCCCAGAGACAGGAGAGAGCUAGUGUUGAGCUGACCACUGAUGUCGGUGUAGAUGAGGCCUCUUGUAUGCAGGACCCCACAAAGGCACUUAAACUCAACAGCAACGAGACUGGGACACUGUUGGACAACUGUCUGAGCUGCGACACAGCCGAGUGCAGUCCAGAGGGCAACAUGACUGAGAAUAACACUGACUGCCACUUUCUUUGCAGAACAAAACACCGUCUGUGUCAUAAAACAAAUAACAGUGGGGGAGCAUUUAGUUGCACCACUACUGACAAACUGAAUAACUACUGCCACUGUGAUGACAGUGAAUGCGGCAACUGCAAUGCCGAUGACUACAGUGAAUAUAGCCCUGAGGAAAAGAGGAAGUGCUGGGAUGAGGAACCUUUCAGUGACUGUCACACCUGUAACACACUGAGUGACCACAGUCAGUGUAAUAAAAAGAGUAACAGGGAUGAAAAACAUGAUGAUUCUGGCAUCAGUAGUGCUACUCAUGACAACCCUUGCAACAAAAAUGACAAACACAACCCAAGCUGUGAGGGUAGCGAGAUGAAUUUCAAGAGUGACACAGAGAAAGAUCAUUCUCCUGAUCAUGUGGACAGUGACAAACCUACCUGUAACACCAUGGACACACCUGUGGCUUUACUUUCAAAAGACUUCUUUACCUGUAGCACUAAUGAGACAAAUGCUGACUACUGUCAAUAUAGAAACAAGCAAACAGAGAAUGGUAAAACAUCCACAGACUCUGAUUCCAGGAACAAUACGGACAAGACAUCAGAUUUUAGUGGGAAAACUACAGCUCAGAGCGGUGCCGGUAACAGUACAGACAAGUGUAAUGACUGCUGUAACUGUAAAACCAAUCAAACAUGCUAUCACAGUUACCAGAAAAACAACAAAAGUGGUCACAGUGAGGAGGAUAAAACCAAAGUGCAGAGUCACAUUCAAGACAAAAGCAACCUCUCUGAUUCAGCAAUUGAUUACACAACUUGCAGGGGUAUUGAUCAAAGUGACAGAGACAGCUGUGUUGAUAUUGACAGUGGUCAGUGUGAUCAUUUUCACAGUAAUCAUGUCUCUGAUUGUUAUCACUGUGCUAACGCUGUUCAUAAAAGCAGCGACACAAAUGCAACGGAAGCUGUUGCGCUCGUGAGCGUACAUACGGAGCAGGAAGAAGAGAAAAGAGAUGUUGAGAAGCAGAGAAAGGAGGAGGAGGAGAAACAGCUGGAGAGGAAAAGGGUAAAGGAGAAGCAAGAACAGUGGGAGAAGGAGUGGGUGAGGAGAAAGGAGAAAGAAAAAGAGGACAGAGAGAGAAGGAAGGAGAUGGACUUUGAACACCUCUACCCAGAAAAGAGGCCUUGCUUUCCUCAUGCCCUCCCCCCGCACUGCAUCCCCCUCCACACUCCUCUCCUCCUCCCGCCUUCCUUCUCCUCCUCUUCCUCUUUCUCCUUCCAUCACACCAUCAUCCAGCAUCACCUCUCCCUCCUCCCGCCUCCGCCGCACCUCCCUGUCCACUCAUACCCUCAUCUUCUCCCCUCUUUCUCGCCACAUCUGUCAUCUCUCACUCUCAAUCCACCACCUGCCCCUCCACCACCACCCCCACCUCCUCCUCCUCCCCCUCUUCCUCCCUCUUUCUACACAUCACCCCCCAUCCCUCUACUGGACGCCCCCGGUCCGUAUCCCUUAGCAACGGCGUUUCACCCCCUGCAGAGUCACCACCCAUCUCUGUAUCCCCCGCCACAUCCUGCAGUCUUGCCCUUACAGAUGUUGUUCUAAUAAAUUAAAAAACGAGGCAUAUAAAUAGAUUCUAAAAAGCAACAUUUUCCAAUUUUCAGGAAAAAAAAGUUGGAAGAAAGAAGCUUUCAGGUGUCAUUACCUACAUACUCCAAGCGAGGAUGAAAUGCGAGGGAUAAUAAUUUCAGAGCUUGAGUAGAAAAACAAAACCAAUCUUACUUAAAGCCAAACCUCCGGCAACCUCAUCACCUCGUCCAUACACUCCAAGCACUGAUUCACACAUCUGAAAAAAAAUGAUGGCUAAUUAUCUUCAUCAGUCGCAAUCCUGCUCAAAAUGAGCCUCAGGUGUGCAGCCAGCGGAAUCGUGGUGGGGAUACACAGCUGGGCUCGUUUCCGUCGGCAGAAAUCAGUCGAUGCUCCUGUUUUGCAUUUUAAACCAAUUUGCUCUGUUUAAAGCAUGCUGGAAAUGUUAAACUAUGGUUUGUGACUUUGAAGGACAAAUCCAUCAUUGUACACUCUCAGAUAUCUUCAGUCUGUGAUCACAAAUGCAGGAGGUGUUUUUUUUUUUUUUUUUUUCUUGUUGAAAUUUACAUUUCUUUUUCCCGCUGAGAACUUCUACUUCAGUUGGUGAUUUUCUGCUUUUCCCUGAAUUACUUACAAGGCCGAUGUGAACUUGUCGCUCUCAGCUUGAUGUCGUGAGGAGCUGAUGACCUGCAUGACUUUUCAAGCUAGCCUCUCUCCGUUAUGCUAGCCCAAUCAGGAAGUAGAAAGUUUCUUCCAUCAGUCCUUCUGAAAGGUUGAAACAAUCCUGUCCAAAAUGAAUAUUUACAUAAAAUUGAAUAUAUCUCCAAUUUAAGUAGAUUAGAAAAAGUUGAGCAUGUUAUCAAUUCAACAAACAUAAAACAACAAUCAUUUUGUUAGCAUUCAGUAACAGCAUACCAGAGAUAUCCGCUAGCAGCUACUAUAUCUAGGCUAAUAGGAACUAUAGAACUACAAAGCUAAUGCCAGAAAGAUCUCAUUUACACACUAAUGUAGCUUCUUUUUUUCAGUUCACUUAACCGCACCACUACAAAUAUGUAACAUGGUAAAUAUAGCUGCUUAUUUUGCCCUUAUUUUUCAUUUAUCUGCUUUGACUACAGGGCUAGCCUAGUGGCAGGUGUGUGUUAAGGAUGUAAGGUAUAGCUAAUGGAUGGGUGGGCUACAAGGCUAGCAAUGAAGCUAAAUUUCUUAGAAUAUUGCCUGAAUUCUACCUAAUUGAAUUGAAGAUUUUCUUGUUCUCCCUAUUAAGCUGACAUGAUGUGAAUGCAGCAUCAGUUUCAAAAACUCUGUCAGAGCCUUAUGGGAGCUGUAGUUAGCUGAAUGUUAACAAGAUGGUUUUUCUUCUCUGUCUCUGAGCCAUUUGGCUUUUUUGCACGUGGACAGGAAACAGGAGUAUCAUGGUUUAGCUUUUCAGAGCGCGAAGGAAAAAAAGCCCUUUGAAAAAACCCCCCCUUGAAAAAAGCCCCCUUGAAAAAGGGCAGCAGACAAAGAAAGCUAGUGGAGCAGAAGUUAAGGCUGAAAUUAUGGCUUUUCAAAGAUACACGUAAACUUCUCUGCCAGUCUUUGCAGAGAGGGGAGAAACGUAACCUACCAAAUCUCAACAACAAGUCACACAGACCUGAGCAUCAAGCAACAUUGGUUCCUGUGGGGAAGCAGCUUUGAAAUUGAAAAUAAAAUUGAAAAUCCCUACAAUUGAGAAAGAAAUGACCCAAAGGGUUCUGAACAGCACGCAUACAUACAACUGAACCUUAGCUGAAAGGAAGCUCUCAAACCACAUAAUAACCGUGUCCUAGGUCCUUUCUCCAUACUAAUGAAGUGAUUAAAUUAAUUGCUCCCAAAGAUAUCAGUAUCUAGGUUCAAUUAAGUUAUUUUUGGGUGCAUUGUUGAUGGACACUAUUGCUCCACAAUACACUGCAUUUAAAGGAAAAAUAAGAAGCUGCUUACAGUUAGAAAAAAGCCUCAGGUACACCUCACAAAAACAAAAUUAAGUAUGAAAUCCUUAGGGAAAAAACGUGUUUUCUCUUUGUGAAGUUUAAUUGGCAGUGGCAUUUUAAAGUGCCAGUUUGAUUGACAUCCAAUGGGGCAACUAUUCUUUUCUGUUAGUACAAAAUACAACAACUAACAGCAAAAAUCGCAUAAUAUGAAAAUCACUAUAGAGUACAUACUGUUUACUGUUUGUAGCAUGGAAAUGGGAUACAGCUUGUGUCCCUUUGCUGUAUGCAGGCCUUCUGGUGCUGUCAUUAGUGUGCAAAUUGUAUCUCAGCAUCUUCUGCCGUGUAUUUCUCCCUGUGACUGCUGAACGUCAGAGCAAAAUGUUAAGUUUAGAAAUAGGCCUCUGCUCUUUGAUUUUGAGGGAUUGACUCCAGCGUCUGACCUUUACUCUUGACGUUUUAGACUGCUGAUUUUCUUCCAUCUCACUCCAUUGCAGCCGCACUAAAAAUAACCCAACACGGUGAAUAACUUUACAUUUAGUGACUCAUCUGACCAAACAAAGGCAAAAACACACAGAGCGUGAUUCACCUCAUCAAACCCAGAUUAAAUAGGGCCAUGUCCCUGGUGGAGGUAGAGGAAGAGAUGAGGUGUGAUGUCCCCCUGUGGUUGUUCAUCGGUUGAAAUUGGACGGGUGAUUUUCCACACCGUGACAAAAAAAUCACCAGAUGCAUUUCAGCACCUCACAACAUCACCCUUUCAUUGCAGGAAGUUCAAAGUGUUCCUUCCUAGUGGCUCUUUUCUAUCUGAACAGCCCCUCAGGGUGGAUUUUUCCUUAUAAAGCCAAGGGUUAGGACAAAGCCACAAGUGUGAAUCCGCCCUUCUUCUUCUUCUUCUUCUUCUUCUUCUUCUUUGUUUCAUUAAGUGCAGCAGAAAUGGUGUGAAUGGCAGAAGUAACGAUGAGGGAAGUGCAGAGUAACUCCCACACUUACUAACGCAUUGUUUUUCUCAGACGUUUUCUCUCGCUCCUCUGAAGUCGAACAUCUGGCUGCGAUGGCUUUGGGGCACAACUGGCAGCGCCUAUCAAUCUCAACGACUAUAGAUUAUUCUGGUGCACACAGCAAUGACAAACAAACAAAAACAAAUAAAAAUAUGCAUGAAAAUUGGACUAUUAGAAGCAGAUUUUGUGGGGGCGGAUUACCAUCUUUAUUCUUUUUCAAGCGAGCACAGUAAAAUACUGGGUGGUAUUGAUCCUAAAAGGCUGGAUACACACCGUUUGAGCAUUACACUUUUCAGUUGGAGCCCUGCCUGCUUUGCUGUCUUUCCCAGAGGCCGUCAGUGGGUAACUGCUGAUUCCUCACCAGUUGAUCGGCAGUAUGUUGGACAUGUCGCCAUGGUGACACUAUGGAGCCCAGAGUGACAUGCUUACAGCGUUUGCUUCUUUAGGUGUUUAUGGACAGAAUUAGCAACAUGAAAGUCACGACUUCUCCUACUUACAACUCCAAGUGCAAGAAAAAGCCAGAAACACAUUUAGCUGGGGUGACAGCACGCAUACAGCAUCAUGUUCUCUCCCUGUAGCUCUGUACCACAAGGGGUUGAAACCAUAUGUUCUCUAUGAACGUAGGUUUUAUUUAUUACUGUGAUAAAACUGUGUAAAUUAGAGAAGAAAAGAAGCUGUUAUUAGAUGUAUUUUUGUAGAGAAACCUCAGUUGAAUGAGGAACUGUUUUUGUAUCAUGUACUCUGAUGCUACUUUAGCUAGCAAAUUAACUUACACCCACUUAAUUUGUCCUCUUGUUAAACUGUUGUACAUAUGUCCUGGUAAUCAAUUAAUGCAUUUAAAAGGCCAUGUUUAAGUUCAUUCAGAAAGCAGUUUUCCCAGUUUUAGUCAAAGAAAUGUCUUGGGAUCCUUAUAAACUAAUAUUUGGCAAUUUUAUUUUGUGUAAUCUAAUUUCAACAGACUCAUAUCCACAGAUAUUAUCCCUGCUAAUAUAAUAGAUCUAGUACAUCCAUUGAGGAAAACAAAUUACUCUGAAAAUGGAAAUAAAUCAGUAGACUUGA